AUGCACCACUGCAGCGGCUGCUACGUCGAGUGGUUUCCACACCUUCGCCGAACGUACUGCGGCCCAAAGUGCCAGAAGAAGGACUGGAAGACGCACUUUGAGGAGUGUCAGCGUCACAAGCACUUCAUCCGAGCUGUCUGGAUACUGAAAGGCAUCGCGGACAAGUUCAUGGCCGCGACUUUUUCUGGCCAGGCCGUUGAUAUCUCCCCGAUCGAGGUCCGUGAUAACAAGACCAAGGCGCUCGACCUCAACGGCGUCCCCCGCUUCGCCGUCACCCCGGCUGCGUGUGCUGUCGGACCCUGGGUGGGUGAGCAGGUGUUCCCUCUCGGCAAGUCGUACUUGGCGGACAAGAGCAAUGAGGACCGCGCGAGAGCAUUGGCUUGGGAUGCCGGUGACAACCUCUACUACCACCUUCAGACUAUCAUUCGUCAAAUCGUCACCCCGCUUUGUGACGACGUGGUUGAGAUGCAGAUGUUCCUGCGCAAUGCCAACAGUAUUACCUCUCUUGCUGCUGAUCGAUGCCGCGAAGGCCCCGCCAUCCAUACUGCCAAAGGCAAGGACCCGAUGUUCUGGCCUCAUCCCGUUCUGAAUUGCCGACUGAAGGGAAGCGACGAUUUGUUCAUCAUCGACCUUCUUGGAGCCAAGUUCGGCUUUAACGAGAUCCUCCUCCCGGGCGAGGUAUGGGUCAAGUCUAGGCUUGCGUACUGCGUUGGCUCAACGGUUGUCACGGACAUGACGCCUUACUGGUUUCCCCGCGAGCAGCAGGGUCUCGUCUCUUGCCGUGACGAGGUCGCCUACACUUGGAGGUCGUGCAUCAAGACGUACAUCGCCGCCAAGUGGCCCAACGUUCCAGGACCCUUUGCCUUGUCGCAUCUGAAGGAGCAGUUGUUCAGGGAGAGGACUUACAUGUUCAUGGUCCACUCGGACGACAUCUUCAGGGAGGCCACCAACCGUCUGCGCGAGGAGAGACUCUUCCGGCAGUACCUUGUCCACGACCCGAACCCGUACUCUCACGAGUUUGCCAUUGGCGUCACCAACUGUCAGAAGGAGUGCGAUGUCUACGAGAAGAUCUGGAUGGAUCGGCGCGUGUUCGAUGUCAUCGUCAAGGGUGAGCUCAGCGAGCAAAACCAGCUGCUGCCCGCGGGGUCCGAGACCAUUCGCCUCGUCGCACUUUGGGUCGACCGCUUGAUCAAGCACGGCCAGAAGGUCAAGUUUGACUCAGUCGGGCUCCUUGGCCCUCGCAUGGCCAAGCACUACAAUAUCUGUACCACGCACUCGUUGGACGAGCUUCGCGAAAUUUCCACGCCCUGGCUCCUGUGGCAUGGUAUCUCCAAGGAUUCAUCCCAAAAGUUCUUUGAGCAGUGCAAAGGCAUCGUCACCGACUACAUCAAUUCGAAUGCGGCGACGCCCGAUCAGCUGCUUAGUAAAAUGGCGUCGUCCGACGGCCUCGCUAAGUACCUGCAGACCUUGUCGAUGGAGGAUGCGCAAGAGUUCUUGGAGAUUGGAUCAAUGAUUGAGUCUCCUCAUAACGGUGCAUCGAUCAAGCAGCUACGAAAGGAGCUCGCGGAGCAAGCCAGGGACAAGAAGUGA